UUUUUUUUCUCGCAAUGGUGUCACAGUCGACGCAGGAGGCGUGGGAGAAAUGGUGGCACACAACCAAGAGCGGCAGCAUCCGAACGUACGUGUCCAUCGUGCUCUUCUUCCUCUCCACCGUCUUAGCCAACCCCAUCGCGCGCUGUCUCUUCUGGAGCGUCCGCAAAGCCUGCCCCAAGAAAUGGAUGUACGUUGCCAUAAACAAAUUGCCAUUAUUAACGCAUUGAUAUAAAAAAAAACCCACAAAUGGUAUCGCAGAUGGCCCGAUGACGCUCGACUGAUGAUGAUGUGGCAGACGUCGCUUAUGUGUCGCGUUGGAUUGCUGUGGAUCGCCAUCCUCGUAUCAAGACUGUCGCUGCUGCUGUACGAGUGGCCGGCGUGGGUUUUCGGUGUCUGCUUCAUCAUCUGGAUGGACUCAGGCGGCAACGUGAUUCGAGAGGUUAUUGUACGCAAAGGAGUGGUGGGCUACAAGAAAGACGAGAAGGCUGGACGUAUGACUUUGCUGUACGAAGGCAGCACGCUGGCUAAAAUGCUGUUGCUAGUGCUGAUCGUCUACACCUACUACGUCGCGCCUCAGAUCGAGGAUUCGAACGAGCUGAGACUGCUCUUCUCAGUGGGAUUCUUCGUGUCCAUUGCAUUGGCUGCACUACCGUUGCUGCGCAACGUCAUGGGGGCACACUACAUGUUCUUGGCCAAUAUGCUGCACUUAGACUCACGGAUCUAUCUACACGGCUCGAGGAAAGGAAAUAUCUGCGAUGCACCUCUAGGUUUCAUUGUACUGGCCACUCCGGACAACACCAAGACAUUUAUCCCUGCAGGGGGUACAGUUAGCAACACAACUGAAGUAUUCCACAGGUUCCUGUGGCCACUUCGACUGGACGUCCGAGUGCCGGCAGAUAUCCCGGCGAAGCGUGUGCGUGAGUUUGUACAAGAUAUGGAUAAGCUGCUCUUCUGGGACCCUGUGGUUGUCAUUGCACCCGAUGGAACAGCGACUUUGGACGUUGAGGGAACCUCCUCCUUCAUGGAUGCAUCGACACCACGUGAAAGUGUCAGCGCUCCUGGAUUCACGAACACCGAGGCGUCUGAAAUGACGGCGAAGCUGUUGUUUGAUGAGAAUCGACAGGAAGAGGAGAGAAUUAUUCAACGUGCGCGAGGCAAUGAAGGAUAUGUGGCGUUGGAGCCUAAUAAACGAUGGGUCGUCCACUUCCGCACGUUCGUUCAAGCCACGCAGAAGACUUAUUUCCGCCAAACACGAGCUGCAGUGAGUCACUCGUUACGUGAUCGUAUUUGGCUUCUAGAACUGACUGUUGAUAUUUGCCUUUGCAGUACAUUGAGGCCAUCACGAAGCUGAUGGAGAAACAAGGAACAGCUUUUGGCUCGCGAGCAGUGGUUACGGAGUCUCAAUCUGCUGAUGCGGAUUGAAUUCGGACGUUCACGUUUAACCAACGACGGCACUCAUGAGUCGACUAUCUCUCUGCUUUUCGCGGACCUGGUCCAAACGCAUACUGACCUCUAUGGUCGACAUGUACAACGCAAUAUCACCGUCGUCGGGGAGAACUUGGAGCAAGUCUUCGGGACUGAGAGUCAAGCACACGUGGUUGAGAAUACUCUCCAGAAUUGCGCUGUCAUGGUCAGUCUGUGAAACAAGAAGGAAGGUGAGCCAAUGAUAUACAAGCGCAGGUUGUUGCCGUCGGUACCUCUGUUGCAUUCUCGGAAAUGGAAGACAGAGUGCUGAUCAAGAAUCGCCAUUCAUCCAACGUGACGCAGAAGCUCUUGCCAUACGGCAAGAAUAAAUUAAUGAAGUCAGCACGCUGCGCAAUGAGCUUCAACCCAUCCACCGUUCUGCCCAAGACAACGCGAUAAAUAUCAGCAAAUGCUCAGAAAAACAAAGACAAGUGCUACAUACCUGGAGACACGAGGCAAAGUGAGGAGAACAACGAGAGCAGCCAAGUCGUUCUCGAGAUUCCACGGCAUCUGAUCAGGAGACUGGACAUCGAACACCUCGUACACCGACAGCACAUCUUGAGGGCGAAUCAAGGCCUUCUGGUGUAGCAGUCCCAGCGCUUGAUAGAAAAGAUACUCGAGAGUUCUGCGCAGUCUUGGCGUCUCCGGUAGACAGCGCGUCUUCAAGUAUUCUUGCACCCAACCGGGGAGUAUUCCGUGGAGUGUUGAUUCCGAUACUAUCGGCUCAAAGAGAUCGCAUACGGUAGUCUCCACGCGCCUGUCUUCAUCGUUAUUCUCCGAGCCGUGGAAGCAAGAACUCAGCUUGACACACAGACGUGUCAACUCGGCUGCCACUGCCGCCUUGGCACUCUGCAGGUCCUCCUCAUCGUCUUGCACUUCCUCCCUCUCUGACAAUUUCUCAAGAGUCGGAAACAUCUGAAGCACAAACACCAGGAACCGGAGGACGAGCACUUGGUCAGGAACGAAUGCCGUAUCGUCUUCAGCUGACAUGGAACCACUAGAAGCAAUCCUCGUUGCUGACGGCGCAGCAGCGUCACCAAUAGCAUUCAAGCAGAACAAAAGCGUGGAGUGGAUCGUUUCUUGGCGACCGAUUGCGUUGUUGAAAAUCCGCUCCAGGAUGUCCAAAUAUCUCGACGGACACUUCUCCAGAAGUGCCUUCGUUAGCUUCGAACUGGAAAAGCGUUUGGUGUAUCCUGGUCCAUUCUGGUCGAUAGUAACCUCUUGAACAAGCAGGUCUGGAUGUGUCACUGUUAAGUGGGUCAGCGCGUCGACGUGGUUCUCCAGCAGCUCGUCUACUAAAGCCAACAUGUUGGGAUACGAGCAUUCCUGAGCGAAACCCUCUCGUGACGUCCCUUCUGAUGUUUCAAGAGCCUCCCAAGCUUCCAAUGAGAACGCAGCAGCACGUAACACUAGCACCAGUCUAGCGAUUUUAACGAGGACGCUGUGGCUCGAAGACUCCUCCAACUUCUCGAGCGCAAAUGCGAUGUCUUCCAGUGUCCACUUCAACGACGAAUCGACAAUUAACCGAGACAGUUGUUCGGGAAAGUAUUUGCCAUAGUGCAGCAACACAAUCCUUGUAAACUUCGCGUCAUCUGAACUUGCGGUUUGAGUUGAUUGUGGGCCACAUAUGUCGGCGAGUGAUUCAGGAGGUGGGAACACGAAAGCCUCGAGAUAUUUGCCCGUCGCUCGGAUCACCUCGGAUCGGUCCACAGUCCCAACGAUCGCCUGAAGCCUGUGUAUCACCUCUAUUGACGGAACGUUCGACGCCACGAACAAAAGCGCAGCCCGCUCCAAGUUGCGAUGGUGCUCCGACAUGAAAACUGCUGCCAGAUCAGCUGCACAUUCCCCUGCCAGACGAUCGUACAGCUUCGUUUCAAGCUCAAGCGCUAGCUUCUCUUUUCGAUCCGAGAUUGAGACAGCAGCCUCAUUACUGGUGGCAAGACGAAGUAGAUCGGAGCCCACAUCAGCGCGAUAGCGAUACAACGAGAACAAGCUCAGCAAUAAAUCGAUCUGGAAUGGCUUCGUGUCGUCAUCGGUCGAUAGCACGCCUUGACGCACAUAGGAGAAGACCAAGGACGGCGGACUCUGCUGGAAGAUCAUGAUACUACGCUGAGAUGGGUCUUCUUUACAGUCGAGAGGUGGACGCAGUUCAAACUCAGACUCGGGAAGACACUCAGCGGCGGCGAGACUGGCCAUGUGCAUGAUAUCCUGUCGAUAUGCCAGCGAACUCACUUGUGGUAACAAUACAACGUACGAGUCCAGCGCAGCAAGCUGCGAUGUCGGGUACGGAAUGGGCUGCGUGCAAAGCAGUUGAGGUUGAGAAGGCUGAGGCACUAGCGACUUGCUUAAUGCGCGACUGGCCGCCAUGUAGUGACACGGACUCCAGAUCGACCACACUUGAAGCCCUGAGAGCGUCGCGACAAACAGGAACGAGCUGUUGGCGGUGAUGCUGGUGACUGCCGACGUGAAAUUGUAGUGCAUCACUACACGCCCAGACUCUGUCGAACUGUCGUCUGUGUCGUCCUCGUCAUUCUCCACACUUGUAAACGAAUCUCGACUUUGUCCCACAACAACUUUCCCCAUUUUGAUCGGCUUGCGCAUACCUCUCGACUUUGUGCGCUCCCCUUUGCCCAAUACUUUCUUGGACAUUUUCUUCCUGGUCGAAUCCACUUCUUCCGACAAGAAAUAGUACAGAAAAGCGUGUUUCUCGGUCGCUACCAGUAGACGCGUGUAGCUUCUCGUCUCGAUACAAACGCGAUUGUCGAUAGUCUCGGGCAGGAACUUGAGUGAUCGAACACUGUGAUUCGGUGGCAAAUAACGCUGCAGCAGCACACUCACGUCUUCCUCUCCGAUAAAGUACGACAUGGCCUGGUUCGUACGGAUAUCCUGGCUUUUCACUAGACCUGCAAGGUUCCACAUUUCCUGCUGAGCUUCGUUACGUCCCAACACCAUAGGAGUUUGCUCCUGCUCGUCAAAGAUCCGUUGUUCAUCCUGUUCACGUCUUGUAUCGGCUUCUACUGUGCUGUAGGCUGAACAUGACACUGGAACUUCCACGAACGCAUUCAAGUCAUCGAAACUCGAGAUCUCGACACAUUGGGACGAGUCUGGUGGUACUGCAUCUCCGUCUUCUUGUUUGUCAACCCGGUUGUCGAGCGUCAGCGUCUUGUCAAGCGCUGCGUCCAUUUUCUUCGUCUCCUCGACGUCGUUGGAGCUCCUGACGUGGAUCUCCAUGACUCGGACCUCUGUCUGAGAAGCGAAGGCCACAUAGACGCCGUGGAUGGCCACGUAUUCGACCUGUAGGAAGGCGUGGCGCUGUGCCAUGUCCACUUUGAGUUCCAUGACGUGCUCAAAGAAGCCGUGGCUGCACUGCCAGAUAUUGAGCACUGAGCCCAUGGCCACUACGACGCGACCUGUGAAGCUGCAGACGGCCACACAGUCCGCCUUGCGGUUGGAGGACGGGCUCUCUAGGACUCCCAGUGGUAAUGUGUAGCCGCGCACCAUUUUACGCUCGCGCCAGUCAUGGUAGACGCACAAGAAGGUCUCAGCGUCCUCCUCGUCGUCGUCGUCCCCCUUUACAUCGCUCUCUAGCGUCACCAAACUGUCCGAGAAGCUCGUGUAGUGCAGUGUGUACACGCGGCUGUGGAUACACGCGAACUCAUGUAGCAGCGCCGAGCACGAGGCUGCGUACACGCGGAUCACACCCUCUCGACCGCUAGCUACCGCGAACGUGGCGUCGGCCGUCGUGCGCGAGGCACUGGCCAGCGUCUGUGUGUCGUCCGUCGACGCCCCCAGCGCCAGCGACCGCACGAACAGCGACUCCAUCUUUGAACCAGAUUUAGGUAGAUGUGGCGGAUACAUUUAUGUGCACAACACCAAAUAGUUAGGUUGACGUUGUACUGAAAUUUGCCUUCCA